GGGAGGCCAUGGCGUUCAAAAGGUCGAAAUUGCCUUUGUCUUUCUGUAUACUGCUCAUGGCGGGCUUUGGCUACUCUCAGCAGUUACUGAAAAAAGUAGUAAAGAAAAUCCACGUCCAAAUUCUCAUUCAUGGCCUCCAAAUCUCCGUCUUGCUUUGCUCAAAACUUGUCAGCACCUACUUUGCUUCUGGCCACCCUCUCUAUGCCAGGCAAGCGUUCGACCAAAUGCCUACCAAGAACCCUCAGUCAUGGACCACCAUGCUCUCUGGUUACCUCAGCACAAAGAACUUCUCUGAGAUAUUAAACCUUUACCAUCUCCAUCGAGCUGAGAAGCAUAGCCCAAACAGCUACAGUUUGGUCUUGACCAUUCGGGCAUGCACGAAGCUGUCUCUCAAGGAAGGGACGUCCAUUCAUUCUGAAGCCAUUAAAUUUGGUCUAGAAACAGAUAGUUAUGUCUCCCCUUCGCUCAUCAAUAUGUACCAAGAAUUGGGUUCUUUGGAAGAUGCAGAGAAAGUAUUCAAGCAAGCACCCCUACUGAUUCCAACCAGUUGGGGUCUUAUGAUGAAAGGCUAUUCGAAGGCUUCCAUGGAUCUUCAGGUUAUGGAAUCCUUCCAUAGAAUGAGAGAGUUGGGCGUUCAACUAAAUCCCUGUGCUGCUGUUUGCCUCGCUAGGGCUUAUGGAAAUUUCGCAGCUGCAAGACAAGGUCGUGCAAUCCAUUCCCUCUGCAUCAAAAGCACUGUUAUGGCUUCCACUGUAUAUCUGCAAACCUCACUUCUCGAUAUGUAUAUGAAGAGUGGCUUCAUAGAUUGUGCCCAUAAUCUGUUUGUUGAAUUGCCGUCUAAGGAUGUUAUAUCAUGGAGUACAAUGGUUGCAAGGUUAGCUCAAUGUGGGAGAGCCUUCGAGUCUCUUCAAGCUUUCCAGGGAAUGUUGGAAGAAUCAAUCAUACCUAAUGCAGUCACGCUCACUAGUGUUCUUCUAGCCUGUUCGCACUUGGGUUCCCUUUGGCAAGGCAAGAGCGUUCAUGGAUAUAUCUUCAGGCAUGCAAUCGAGCUCGAUAUUGUGGCUCACACAGCACUGUUGGAUAUGUAUGCUAAAGCCGGAUCGAUCAAAAUUGCGUACAAGGUGUUUGGUAGAAUGCAGCAGCGGAAUAUAUUUUCGUGGAGCGCAAUAAUCGGAGCGUUCGGAAUGCAUGGCAUGGGCUCAAGAGCGCUUGAUAUGUUCCAUGAGAUGAAGUUGGCAAAUGUUUUGCCAAAUUCUGUAACAUUCAUCUCACUUUUGUCUGCCUGUAGUCACUCUGGAAGGGUUCGCGAGGGCAUUGAGUACUUUAAAUCGAUGAGCAGGGACUACGGCUUAACUGCAACAAAUGAACACUAUUCGUGCAUGGUUGAUCUCUUAGGUCGUGCCGGGCUUAUUGAAGAAGCUGAGGAUUUGAUCAAGAACAUGCCCGUAGAGCCUGCUGCCAGCGUUUGGGGGGCACUGUUGGGAGCUUGUAGGAUCCAUAAGCGUGAAGAACUAGCAGAGAAAGUGGCUGAUAAGCUUUUUGUGUUGGAGCAUGAUAUGGCUGACACACAUGUGCUGCUCUCAAACAUAUAUGGCGCAUCUGAAAUGUGGGAGAUGGUGAAGAAAAGUAGGGAAAAAAUGAAUGAUAGGAAAUUGGAGAAAACGCUUGGUUACAGCUCGAUCGAGAUUAAUAAGAAAGUUUACAUUUUUGGUGUUUGUGACAGUUUAAAAUCCUGGGAUUCAGGAAUUGCAGCGGUUUGGUGUGUUCUUAGCAUUCAUAUGAAAGAACUUGGUUUGGGAGAAUACAAGUUUGAAGGAUGAAAUGAAGAAAAGAAACCUUUGCUGUUGGAAAGAGGAGCCAUAAUGUUGAAUGUGAAGCGGGAGACAGUGCUGCAUAAAACAAUAGGCGCCAAAGGUACAAAUUG